AUGGAGCAGUUUGAGUUUCAUGAUGCUACUUCCCGUCCAGGCCGCACCUGGGAAACCAUUGACUCUGGUGUAACCCAACUCCUCCUCAACCAUGACCCCCUCACAGGCAGACGCACUACCCUUCAACGCUGGGAGCCCGGAGCUACAAAUGCUCAAUCCCAUCCUUUUAUUCACGACUAUGUUGAGGAAAUUUAUCUAGCUGAAGGCGACUUGUACGACACUCAGCUUGACCGUGGAUGGACUGCCGGAGCAUAUGCGUACCGAAAGCCGGGGAUGAAACACGGUCCGUUCAAGAGCGACCAAGGAUGCUUGAUGUUCAUUGUCUGUAUACCAGUCAAUGAGAGCGGGAAUGAGCUGCGGGACUCGAAAGAAUAA